AUGCCGUACAUGUCAUCGCAGCCCAAAGUGCUCAUUGCUGGCGGUGGAAUCGGGGGAUUGAGCACGGCUCUCGCCCUACACGCCUCGGGACUGACAGACAUACACAUCUUCGAGGCAGCUGGAAAACUCACUAGCCUAGGCGUUGGCAUCAAUGUCCAACCUUCAGCGGUCCUCAUCCUUCGGAACCUCGGCCUACUACCCGAAUUAGAACGAACUGGAGUUGUAACCCAAGAGCUCAACUUCUAUAAUCGGCAUGGCGACGAAAUCCUCUCCGAGCCGCGUGGAACCAAGGCCGGCUAUGCCUGCCCCCAGCUAUCUAUCCACCGUGGGAACUUUCAGAUGGUGCUGUUGGAUGCCGUGCGGAAGCGCAUUGGGGAGGAUAGGAUUCAUUUGGGCCACGCGCUGGUCAAUUUCCAGCAGGAUGACAAGUCCAUUACCGGAUUUUUCAAGCAUGCCGAGAACACCAAAGACCCGGUUCCAUCCAUGACGGGCGAUGUCCUGAUUGCGGCCGAUGGCAUCAACAGUGCCACCCGCAAGAUUCUGUACCCCAAUGAAGGCCCUCCCCGAUUCUCUGGUCGCAUAUUGUGGCGCGGUUGCAUUGAACGAGAGCCGUAUCUUACCGGCGGCAGUAUGGUCUGGGCUGGGUUUGCCGAUCAGAAGUUUAUCGCAUACCCAAUAAGCGGCGAGUCGGCACGAAAUGGAAAAUCCCUUGUCAAUUGGAUUGCCGAGCUACGCGUACGCGACGACUCUGACCCUGACAAGACGCCCCCGAAAGUUGAUUGGACAAAGACGGUACCCAAGGAGCGGUUCGCCGGACCGUUCAAAGGGUGGACAUGCGGUGGGCUUCGGAUGAUAGAAGAUCUUAUUGCGCCUACUGAGCGCGUGUUCGAGUUCCCCAUGUGUGACAGGGACCCAUUGGAACGCUGGUCGUUCGGGAGGUUGACCUUGACGGGGGACGCUGCCCAUUGCAUGUACCCAAUCGGUUCGAACGGAGCGACACAAGCCAUCAUCGACGCCGAGACCAUCGCCCAGUGUCUUACGGGGACGGAAACCGAGAAAAUACCCGAGGCGUUGAAGAAGUACGAAGAGAUCCGGCUACCUCCUACAGCAAAGAUUGUCUACGCCAACCGAGCAAACGGACCUGAUCAUGUGUUGCAGCUUGCUGAGGAAAGGGCACCAGAGGGCUUCAAGAAUGUGUACGAUGUCAUCCCAAAGGAGGAGCUGGAGAGCAUCGGGGCCAAAUACAAGGCUAUCGCGGGUUUUGAGCUCGAAGCCGUUAACAAAAAGGCCAAGGAGACGGAAGAGUUAGCAGCAAGGUUUGCGCAAAAGUGA